GAUCUUUUUUGUAUCUUUCAUGGGCAACUCCGUCUGCGGCUGCGGUCGCGUCCCGCCGCCGAGCGACGACGUCAUGGACGCGCUCUUCGCGCCGAGUCCGCGCAAGGAGUAUGUGCCUCCGUCGACGUCGACGAUGACGCGCACGCUGCUCAAGCCGACCAAGUCGCCAGCUUCGGCCAAAGGCAACGACACGGCGCCCGUCAAGCCUAAAGUGAGCACGAAGCUCGUGGAAGUCAAGGAGGAGGAGGCGCCGGUACCGCGGCAGCACGCGGUCAGCGACCCGACGCCGACGCACCAACACCACCCUCCGCACCAGCACCAGCACCACCACCACGCGCCGCCUCCGACGCCGAAGGAGGACCUCGGAAAGGCGCUGGCCAUCAGCCUAAUGGACGAGGAAGCCGCAUCCAGCACCAGCUUGGAGCGCGACGGCAGUGCAACCAGCCGUGAUGACUCAUCCACGUCGCUCGAAUCAACCGCGUCGACCGCCAGCCUCGGGUCGCCUCGCGCCGCGUCGUCGCCUGACAACAGCACGCACGGCAGCAGCCACAAGUCGUCCAAGAAGAAGGCCAAGUACGGGCGAGCCAACUACCGCGCGGGCUCGAGCAAGGGUCAUCGCCACCACGCGUCGACCUAAGAUCUAGGUUAUACUAUCGUGUACCAAUCAAGUCAAAAUUGGGUG